AUGGCUGAGACGGAGCCAAUCGUCACACAAGGCAUCGAGCCUUCAUCUGGCGAAUCACACUCCCCACCUGGCGACCGCCAUAUUACAGCGACAUGGGGAUCGAAAGACGGGAACAUAUCGAAUGCGGAGUGGAACGACGCGGAAGCUAACAAGCUGCCUGAGAAGGUAGCUGAUCUGGAGAAGAAGGGCGAGAUCAAUGAUCAACAUCCACGGAAGAAGAUUGUGGUUGUUGGAUUGGGUAUGGUGGGCAUUGCAUUCAUAGAGAAACUCAUGAAGUACGAUGUGAAGCGGAGAGAAUACGACGUGGUUGUCAUUGGUGAAGAGCCACAUCUUGCAUACAACCGCGUCGGUUUGACGAGCUUUUUCCAACAUCGGAAAGUCGAGAACUUGUAUCUCAACCCCAGGGAAUGGUAUGCAUCGAUGCCGGAAGGCUCGCUGAACUACCAUCUCAACACCCUCGUCACCGAAAUCGAUUCCACCGAGAAGAACGUCAAGACUUCAUCCGGCGAAACGGUACCCUACGAUAUCUUGGUCCUGGCAACAGGGUCCGACGCGCUCCUCCCACGACACACACCCGGCCAUGACGCGAAUGGCGUAUUCGUAUACCGCACAAUCGAAGACCUACAAAGACUCAUCGACUUUUCCUCGACAAGGAAAGGUACAACAGGCGCUGUAGUCGGUGGUGGUCUGUUAGGUCUGGAAGCCGCACACGCGAUGAUGGACCUUGAAGAUUUCGCGAAAGUGAAGCUCAUUGAGCGGAAUCGAUGGGUGCUAUCGAGACAACUGGAUGGCGACGCGGGCGGUAUGGUCGUCGAACAGGUCCGUGCUUUGGGCUUGGAUGUCAUGCUAAGCAAGAGAGUGGGCAAGAUCUUGACAACCGAGGACAACUUCGUCAAGGGUGUGGUGUUUGAGGAUGGUGAUGAGAUGGAGUGCUCGUGCAUUUGCUUCGCGAUCGGCAUCAAAUCAAGAGACGAGCUCGCCCGGAAAGCCGGUAUCAAAUGCGCCGAUCGAGGAGGUGGUAUCGUAGUCGGCCCUGACCUAGCGACUUCACAACCGGACAUCUACGCCGUAGGAGAAUGCGCCAGCUGGGAGAACCAGACAUUUGGUCUCAUCGCUCCUGGUGUCGAGAUGGCAGACGUACUCGCCUUCAACCUCACACAAGCGAAAGCACACGCGCCACGCAAGUUCAAAGCACCUGAUCUCAGCACCAAGUUGAAGCUUCUGGGUGUCGAAGUCGCGAGCUUCGGUGACUUUUUCGCGGAUCGCGAUGGACCGAAGAACAUGCCUGGACGGCCACGAGCUGAGAAGAAAGAUGCCAAUGGAGCGACGCCGAGAGAUCGAGUUAAGAAUUUGACGGAUGGACCAGCGCCACCACCGGUCAAGGCUCUGACAUACAAGGAUCCAUUCCAACAAGUGUACAAGAAGUAUCUGUUUACCAUGGACGGAAAGUACCUGUUGGGUGGCAUGAUGAUCGGCGACACGAAAGACUACAUCAAGCUGGUGCCUAUGGUGAAGAACCAGAAGCAGUUGGAGAUGGCGCCAAGUGAGCUUAUCGUUGGUGCGCAGAAGGGCGACGACGAUGGUUCAGAUCUAUCCGGCGACACUCAGAUCUGCUCAUGCCACAACGUUACCAAAGACGAUGUGGUCAAUGCAACCAAGGAUGGAACAUGCAAGAGCAUCGGCGACGUUAAGUCUUGCACCAAAGCUGGUACCGGAUGCGGAGGCUGCAUGCCGCUUGUGCAGACGAUCUUCAACAAGACCAUGGCUUCCAUGGGCAACGAAGUCAAGAAUCACCUCUGCCCACAUUUCGAGUACUCGCGCGCCGACCUCUUCAACAUCAUCUACGUCAAAGGCCUGAAGGACUUUGCUGCUGUCAUGAAGGAAGCUGGAAAAGAUCCAAAUUCCUUGGGUUGCGAAGCCUGCAAACCCACCAUCGGAAACAUCGUCGCCUCUCUGUACAACAAGCAUCUACUGGAAGUCAACAACAGGGGUCUACAAGAUACCAACGACAGAUUCCUGGCUAACAUCCAACGCAACGGCACCUUUUCAGUUGUUCCGCGAGUUUCUGGUGGUGAGAUUACCCCGGAGAAGCUGAUUGUCAUCGGUACCGUCGCGAAGAAGUACAACCUCUACACCAAGAUCACCGGUGGUCAGCGUAUCGACAUGUUCGGCGCACGGAAACAAGACCUCCCCGACAUCUGGCAAGAGCUCAUCGAUGGCGGAAUGGAGUCUGGCCACGCAUACGCCAAGUCACUACGAACAGUCAAGUCAUGUGUCGGUACUACAUGGUGCCGAUUCGGUAUCGGCGACAGCGUGGGCAUGGCGGUGCGUCUAGAAGAACGCUACAAGUCCAUCCGUGGGCCCCACAAGAUCAAGGGUGGUGUGUCCGGCUGUGUACGCGAGUGCGCUGAAGCACAGAACAAGGACUUUGGUCUCAUUGCGACUGAGAAGGGCUUCAACAUAUUCGUGGGCGGCAACGGUGGCGCGAAGCCACGACACUCGGAGCUACUCGCCAAGGACGUACCGCCAGACGAUGUGGUGCCCAUCCUCGACCGCUACCUCUCUUUCUACAUCCGCACAGCCGACAAGCUCCAACGAACAGCGAGAUGGAUGGAGAACCUCCCCGGCGGCAUCAAGUACCUUCAAGAAGUCAUCCUCGAAGACAAGCUAGGCAUCUGCGCAGAUCUCGAGAAGCAGAUGGAAGACCUCGUCGGCACCUUCUUCUGCGAAUGGACCGAAGUACUCAAAGACCCCAAGAAGCGAUCCUGGUUCUCCCAAUUCGCAAACACAUCCGAAACCAUCGUCGACACCAUCGAACCGACCCAAGAGCGCGGUCAAGAACGACCCUCAUACUGGCCCAAAGACUCCAUCACAGAAGACUUCCGCGGCACGAAAUGGACAGAACUAUCCUGGCAGCCCCUCGUCAAAGCCGAAGAGUUCAAAGACGCAGACACAGGCGACAGCAAAGCCAUCAAGCGCGGCGACACGCAACUCGCCGUCUUCAAAGUCCGCGGCAAAUACUACUGCACCCAGCAAAUGUGCCCACACAAGCGCGCCUUUGUCCUCUCCGACGGCCUCAUCGGCGACGACCUCGCCAACAACAAACUCUGGGUCAGCUGCCCGUACCACAAGCGCAACUACGAACUCUCCGGCGACAACGCGGGCAAAUGCGCAAACGACGAGAGCGUCAACAUUGCUGUUUUCCCUAUCGAGGAACGCGGUGAUGGAUGGCUGUAUGUCAAGUUGCCCAGUGUGGAGGAACUGGAUAGUGUGCUUGGUACGAGUAAGUUUAAGAUUAAGAAGAGUGAGACGGAAGAUCCGUUUGUGGCGCUGGAUAAGAAGUUGCAGAGGAUGCAGUUGAAGGGGCGGAAGGGGAUGCAGGUUUCGCAUCUUGAGGGUGGGUUGGGGGAGAAGGCGAAGGCGGCGCAGAUACUGGCUGGCGGGGAGAGGGGGGCUGGAGGACUGGACUGGUAG